AUGAAUAACAGACGCCACAAUAGACACAGUGAAAAAAAAGUUAACUCGUUGCGUGCGUCAUAUAGACGAGAAUUGCAAAAAAUAAGAAGCGAAAAAUCUGGCGCUGGAACGGACGAUGUGUACCAGCUGAGCCUGUGGUACUUCAACGAUUCUUCUUUUCUGCAUGACACAGAAUCCUCGGUCGAUGGAAUCACCAGUUUUGAUGACGGCCAGGAAAAUGAAACACCGAAGGCGUCGAAACGAAGACAUUAUGAAUCAUCGGAGUUCCUACAGAAGGCAAUAGCGCACUUGGACAACAUCAGCGCAAAGCAACCAAAAUGUGAAGCUGACAUAUAUGCUGAAGGAUGGGCUGCCAUGUUCAAGCAGUUGUCGAAGGAGCAGCAGCUUUUUGCCAAAAAAGGCAUGGACGAGCUCCUUAUGCAAGGGCGGAUGAAUAUGCUGACAUAUCAAGGGGUGUCAAGCAUUGCAAAUAUUCCGAAUAAAAUAAAUAUAAAUAAUAGUCAAAUGCAAUGCCAGAUGCCAAUCCCGGUGUAUCCUCGACAACAAAUUUUUCGUGCGAGCACUCCACUUAUGAGCGACUCAUCAUCUUUUCAAUCAUCACAGUCGCAAGACAUAAACAAUCAAAUAAUAAUUUCAGAAAAUAGAAACGUUCCUGCUGCAUCCUUUGCAGAUUUAUUUAACAACGAUGAAUACGUUUAAACCAAUUGAUAUGUAUUACAAAAAAUUUAA